GCUCCGCCGUUGGGCGCGCGGCGGUGACGCGGCCGCUGCGCCGUCGCAGCCGGGGCCCGGCGCCGCUGGCGGAGGCGAUGCCGAAGCGUUCGUGCCCCUUCGGGGAGGCGGCCCCGCUGCAGCUGAAGACCCGCGUGGGGCUGAGGGAGCUGAGCCGCGGGGUGCGGGGCGAGGAGUACCGCCGGGAGAUCUUCGAGCGCACCCGGCGGCUGCUGUUCAGGGGCGCUCAGGCGUGCAUGGAGAACCCCUGGCCCGCCGCGCCCCGCGCCGCCAGCCGCUCCCCGGAGCCGGAGCCGGCUGGGGGGAACACGGGGCGCCGGCGGAGCGCGCAGCUGCUGAUCGGGCCCGACGGGAAACUGCUGAGGCUUGCGGCCGCCGCGGAGCGGGAGAGGAACCACAGACACCAUUGCCUCCGUUGCCCAGAAACUUCAGCAGUCAGUGUCAGUGCUUCCCUACCUGUGACAAAUAGGAAGAACAGAAAUGACAGGUUUCUCAAAACUACCUGACAGAAAACCAACCAGGGGGUGGCCAAGGAAGCAGGAGAAAUGCAAGGAAGGCCGUUCUAAAUAACAAGCUGUCACUUUUCAUCUCCUCUUCCUCAACAGCUGAGCAAAUGAGCACAGAAAGUAAAACUCUGGAAAGGCAAUGCGACUUCAGCUUUUACAAUCAGCUAAAGGGAGGGACUAAGUUUGAUCCCUUUAUCUUAAUUAUACAUUAAAUUUAUGAAAACCUCACCCGUGUGCGAGUACAUUUUUUGGUUUGUUUUUAUACUUAUCUUCCUCUGCAACUUUCCAGUUGCGGCUGCACCAAGCCACCUUGCUCUUUCCACUUCGCUUUCAGUUUCAUUUUGUACUCAUUACUGGAUUGUCACCAGAUAUUACAGUUUCCUGGUUAGUUUCAUUUCCCCAGUAACAGCAGAAUAAGGAAAAAUCAUAGCAGAUGAAAAUAUAUGGAAAGUCAACUACAUGCAGCAGCCAUCUUUCUUAAAAAUAGUAUCACUCCAAUUUCGUUAUGGAAACUCAUAAAGGGGCUUGUGUUCUGAUCCUUCUGCACAUCCAUACGUUCUUUA